AUUAAGAUUGAGUUUAUUUUAAAAUAUAAUUUUGAAAUAUAUAAUAGCACCGUCGCCUGACCUGAUGGAGGUUGGGGCUGGCGACGGCCGGGAGCCCCUAAAAUUGGAAAAGAAAGCAGGUGGUAAUUAUUGCUGUGUGAGUGUGUGGGUGGAGAAAUACUUCAAGGACUGCCUGUGCAGCCUUAAAGAUGAAGUCUCUUUUGGUUUGGGAAUCAUUAGUCUCAUCUGUUGGGGCUUAGCUGAAAUCCCACAGAUCAUUACCAACUUCCACAACAAAUCCGCCGCCGGUCUCUCCCUCUCUUUUCUCCUCACCUGGAUCCUCGGAGAUAUUUUUAAUCUCGUUGGUUGCAUUCUCGACCCUGCUACUCUUCCUACACAGUUUUUUACAGCUCUGUUGUACACUGCAACAACUGUGGCACUGUUGUUGCAGUGCAUAUAUUAUGAGCAUUUCCUUCGUUGGUGGCACAACGAAGGAGGGCGCCUUGACAAGAAGAAUUUAUCCAAUGUGCAGGUAAAUGUUGGAGAAGAGGAAAAAGAGUGGUUGUUGCAAGCGUCCAAGACAGGGCAUCAUCACUUCAUCCCUAGUGGUGGGUCAAAUAAUGGUGUUGUUAGGGUACCCACGACCCAGAAGAGCCAGAGACAUUUUUAUUUUAUGUCAGCAAGGACAUUGGCAAGUAGUGAUACUCCACCAAGGUGCUCCUACAUAAAGCCAAGAAGCGGACCUCCUGCCCUACACAACCCUUAUUCCUCUUCGGACGACGACGGCGAAGAACAACCCACUCCGGCUGCUACCGCCGCCGCCAUUACCCAACCAAGAUCCAUCCCUCCUAGAGCCUAUGGAGCUUUUCUGGCAGCAGCAGCAGCCUAUAGUCCGGUAGGAGGCAAGGCGGCGGCCGCUCUGGAACAUGUCACUGCCGCCGGCCGGAUGCAUGACGCAAUUGGCGCGAACAGUAAUGCAGGACAAUGGCUGGGAUGGCUGAUGGCUGCUAUCUACAUGGGAGGGAGAAUCCCUCAGAUUUGGCUUAAUGCAAGUACUCUUUUUUUUUCUUUUCUUUUUUUUAGUAAUGUACAUGGUCAUUACUACCAUUCGAGGGCUCCCUCAAUUACAUAUUGAAAUAUUUGUACUAAAUAGCACUAAAAUUUAAGUCAUUUCCCUAAAUAGCACCUAAAUUAUUUUAUUCCCUAAAUAGCACUUAAUAAUGUCCAUAAUGUCUAGGCAAAUAUUUACUUGAAUAAUGACUAAUGCAUAAUGACUAAAAGUGCUACAUUGGAAAGAAAAAUACAUGUGGUGCUAUUUAGAAAAAGUCAUUAUGUUUUAGUGCAAUUUAAGUAAAUUCAUCUUACAUAUUAUUGGUCUAUUAUAAUUUUUUAGAUAUAUUAAAAAAUGAAAGAUUGUAGAAAUAGAAUGUCUCUAUUAAUACAUUUUUGAUGCAUCUAAAAGUAAUAAAGAACAGCUAAUAUAGAAUGUUUUUAUGUAUGUUCUGCGAGGCCAGAUGAAGCGAGGGAGUUUUGAGGGACUGAAUCCUCUCAUGUUCAUCUUCGUUCUUGUAGCCAAUGCCACAUAUUUUGCCAGUAUAUUGGUGAGAAGCAUGGAAUGGGAGAAAAUAAACGCAAACAUGGCGUGGCUGGUAGAUGCUGUUGCGUGUGUCGUCCUCGACCUCUUUGUAUCCUCUCUAGUGAUCUCUCCAAUUGUUCUUUUCUUUACUAUAUAAUCACAUACUAUAUACUCCCUACGUUCCGUUUUAAAUCACUUGUUUUGACUUUUGAGCAUAUUUUAGGAAAAGAAAAAAUAGAGUUGAUUUUUCGAAAUUGUCAGUACUUUUUAAAAGGGAUGACGGUGAAUGAAAAGAUAAAGUGAAGAAAAAUGACUUAUUUUAAAAGUAGUUUAGGUAUUUUACUCUUAAAAGUUUACGAAAACAACUAACAGGCAACUUAUUUUAGGACGGAGAAAAAAAGACAAACAAGCAAUUUAAAAUAGGACGGAGGUAGUAAUCUUUCCAUAUAUACACAUUCUUGAUUCACCAUUUCCAAUUAACAUCAUCAAUAGAUCAUUCUCCAAUACCUUUAUUAUACCCGGGGCACGAAGACCAAGACGAUGAAGAUGGAAACGCCAAGAGUUUGAGCAUGAUUUUCAGUCUUUAUCGGGGACGACACCAUUAAUUCUUGCUUUCAUUGUUAUUGCAUUAAUUCUUGCUUUCAGCUUUUGUUUCAACAUUCUUUAAUUAAAUAAGUACAUUUGAAUAAGAGAUGGUCAAAAAAUGCAAUGAUUGAAGUAAAUUCACAAUUUUCGA